GCUCCACUAUAGAAGCCGUAGUGACUGGGUGAAAGAUUUGCGGCGAGCCGGCGGCCGACGACUUCGCCAAGAACACGUUCGCCGGCCGUCGCUGUUGGUUGUCUCGUCGGCUCUUCUCUUCGCGCGAUGGCCGCGACGACCGUCAAGCCGCUCAACGGCGCGGAGGGGUACCUCCGGUGGAAGGAGUCGAUGCUCCUCCGCUUCCACACGGCCGGCGUCGCCCACGUCCUCUCCGCCGACCCGCCGCCGCCACCGGCGGCGGCGGGGGGAGCCGAGGAGGACGGCGAGACGGCGGCCGCGAGGCGGAAGUGGGCGCGCGACGACGCGGUGUGCCGCGGCCACAUACUGGCGGCGCUCUCCGACCGCAUCUUCCCGGACUACGUCCGCCACGGCACCGCCAGGGCGGCGUGGGAGGCCGUGGCGCGCACCUACGACGUGCCCGGCGCAACGGGCGGCGUCGCGCGCAGGAUGUUCGACGACCUCGAGUUCCGCGAGGGCGCGCCGCUGCUGGAGCAGGUCGCGCACGCCGAGGCCCUCAACGCCGCCGCAAGGUUCCCGCUCGGCGACGAGGACCUGGCCUACACGCUGUGCGAGAUGCUCCCGGAGAACGUGGGCGGGCCGGCCUCGGCGCGCUCCGGCGGCGCCGGCGGCGGCACGAGCAUGCACGACAUCUGGCACGUCGCCCGGUUCAUGGAGGCGCGCCGCGUCUGCCGGGAGGACAUGGAGCUCCAUGACAGGUGCUGGAACUGCGGCCAGCCGGGACACCAUUCCGGCAACUGCAAAGCUUGAUCGUGGCCGGAACGACGGCCGCCGACGAGCGUCGUCAUGGCUUUCCUGAUUGCUUAGUUCCAAGCAGUUACUUUUACGCUAUUUAGUGGUCGCAGACUUACAGUUGUUUACGUACUUGUUAACAAUUUAUGCUUAAAAGUUAAAAUUUAAACUUUUAAUUUUAAAUUUAGAGUUGAUUUAGAGUUUUUUUUUUAAGUUUAU